GGCCCCAGCAGCGCCGGGUCCCGUAGGAUGGCGCUCCGCAAUCUGCUGAGGGCCGCGGCCUCCCUGUGCGGCUGCGCUCCCGGGGCGCUGCCCCCCACUGGGAAGCAGCCAGCGGCCCUGGGCUUGCAGCAGGCCGCCGGCAUGGCCACCCUGAACCAGAUGCACUGGAAGGGCCGGCCUCCGCAGCCCCACGUCAAGCUGGGGCCCACCUUCAGGCAGCUGCAGCUGAAGGGGGUGGUGAUCAAAACCCUCAUCUGCAAGCCCAAGAAGCCCAACUUGGCCAACCGCAAGUGCGCGCAGGUGCGGCUGAGCAACGGCAAGGAGGUAGUGUGCUUCAUCCCCGGCGAGGGCCACAACCUGCAGGAGCACCAUGUCGUGCAGGUGCAGGACGGCUGCACGCAGGACCUGCCGGGGGUCAAGAUGACCAUCGUGAGGGGCAAGUACGACUGCGCACGCAUCCAGAAGAAGAAGUAA